UCUUGGACAGUAGUGCACUGGGGCAAUGUUGUAGUUCGCAGGAGCCGCCUGGAGCAGGACGCGGAGUGAACUGCUCUUCUUGCUUCCUGCCUGAACGCCUUGUUUUGGUUUUACGUUGAAACUAAACUCAACAUGGUCCAGCGAAACUAACCAGCUGCCCGGUGUCGUUGGAGAUCCGAGGCGCUCUCCGUGAUGCGUGUUUUCGCCGAGAAGUGAAGCGCAUUCCUGAAGGAGUCGAGGGCUGCUGUCUUAAGCUUAUGAGAAACCAGCCUGCUCACACCAUGCCGGUCAAGAUGGACGCCAGGUUUUCUUGCCCUCACCGGAACAACUUGGGACAAAGAUGUGCGUUGCCAUGGUGAUCAUUUUCAAGAAAACACUGGAUAAAAAGGGCACCGAUGAUGUAACAUCCAAAAGUACAGAUUUGGGCCCGUUCCAGGCACAGACCAUGACCCAGGGGACUGCACUUUUCUCUUGUGGACUCAUGGAGACGAGCCGGUGGCGUGAGUUGGGUCACAGCUGUGCUAUACAGCAGAGGCCAGUUGGGACCAGCCUGGAGAGCCUGUGGGACGUCCUGCCGGAGGUGCACAAGAGUUCCGCCCACUGGGAUUGGGACGUUGGCUCCACUUCGACCACAAUCACCAGCUUGUUGCAUGACCUCAGCCUGACAGAGGCCGAGGCUGAGGCCGCGGCCUCGCACUCCACUGCACCCCCCAGCAAGCGGCAGUGCCGGUCCCUGUCUUGCUCAGAUGAGCUGGGUGGCUGCCGCUCCACCUGGCGCCCUCAGGGCUCUCGUGUGUGGACAACGGUGGAGAAGAGGAGGUGCCACAGCGGAGGCAGCGUCCAGCGCGGCGGUGUGGUAAACGCGCAGCUCGGCUUCCCGGCCAUGCAGCGCAGCUCCAGCUUCAGCCUGCCCGCCCGCUCCAACACCCUGGAGCUGCCCUGCUUCACCCGGCCUCUCCCCUGCCCCUCUGCCUUCACCGGUCUGACGCCUUCCUCCUCCAUGAUCCUGUCCUCCGAGCCCUCAGCGCAGCCCCUCUACCUCUCUCAUGAACAGAUCUGCCUCCCCGGGCCUCGUGGGCCCUCGCCAGCCAGCUCCCCCGACUCCACGCCCGAGCUGGAGCGCCGUGGCGGACAGGGAGGUCUCGCCCGUAGUCGCUCACAGCCGUGCGCCCUCAACGACAAGAAGAUCGGCGUGAAGCGUAGAAGACCAGCUGACGCACAGAAGCAAAGGCCUUCUUUGGACCUGGCUAAGAUGACCCAGAAACUUCGUAAUUUCCACAGCCUCAGCUGCCCUGGAAUCACAGGCGAAGAUAGCGGUGAGUCCAGCCAGGCCCCGCCCACUCUCAGGAGCACCGCUGGGUGUCACGCUGACGACUCGUCAGCAAGCGAACGCGACCUGGAGGACGUUCAGUCUUGGACCAAAGAGGGCGAGACCACCAGGAACCCACUAUCGGACGCCACCAUCGAGGAGGCGGACUGGAUGCCAGAGAGGACGACCAAUGGGAAGGACAACGAGCCUCUGUGGGCGGGGCUGUGUAGCACGAGGAAGGACGUGUAUCAACUUGGAGGCGAGCUCGACAUCGAGCAAAUUGAGAGGAACUGAGCUGGACUGUCUUCCUCUCAGGGGACGCUAAUUAAGGGGACUGAACGUUUAUCACCAGGUGGUCUUAAGGACGAAGCGAGUGGGAAGCUAAUGCAGUGAGCGUUCCAGCACUAGUUUUUUUUCCUAAAGGAGAGCUUGAGCAGGAGCUUUGUGGGCCAUUUUUGGAGGCUUUGUGUAGUCAGGAGCUACUCCCACACUGCGUUAUCUCAACUGUCUCAGGAGAAUGAGGACGAAUUCAGGGGGAGAUGAUAGAACUGAUGAAUAUAAAAAUGAUAUAUUAAAUGUUGGCUCAGAGACUGGGGUUUCAAAUUUCUCUGUAACCCUGAUUACCUUCAUCGUACUGCGUUCGGAGAGAAUUCACAGCAGGUUUGUAUCAAUUCUCUGCACGAGAAAGAGUGUCCGUUCCUCUUCAAUAGUACAUGAGCACAUGAUGGACAGAAAUUGAGACUACUUCGAGAGCUACUGUUAGUAAAGCCCCUUUCACCCUUACUGAGCACACAACCUGUAAAGUCUAUUAAAGAGCUUAACAUUUCACACAUUAACAUCAGGCUUCUCUCCGAGAUCUCCCGUCUGUGUGUGUGUGUGUGUGUGUGAGAGAACCUUUGGGAUUCUAAUAGCGUUAAUAUUCUUUUUACAAUUUGUAACUACAAGUUAUGUAAAACAUGAGCAUAUUUCUAUACAAAUAAAACAGUUUUAAAUGUGUCA